AAUCCGAAAAGCGGUGGAAUAGUGCAUUGGAGCAGGAGCCCGAACCUAGGAGCCUAAACCGCCGUGAUUAUUAUUUUUUUCUGGUGAUCUGUUAUAUGUGCGAUCCAAGCAUGUCUCUGGUGCUCUGCCUGGUGCUGGGCAUCCUGGCAUCGGCGUCCGGACAGCCAAACGCCCGUGCCAGCGAUCUCUACUAUACGGACAUAACUCCCGUGACCGACGAAACGCGCUACACCACCCUCAAUCCGGACAUACAGCUGAACGAGAUGAACAAGGUGAAGCACUCCAAGGGCAACAUUGUCUUCACCGCGGGAGAGCGGGCGUCGGGUGACCGCAUGAUCGUGAAUCACUUCGAUGGCGACAGCCUGACCAGUGCCAAGGACGUGGAGGUGCUGAUGAGCUAUCCGGCCGGAGCCAGCACCGGCGUCACGCUCACCAGCAUCGAGGUGUAUGUGGACAUGAUGGCGGACGAUGCCGGCGGCUAUCUGACCAAGGGUGGCAUCGGCCAGACCCACGUGGAGAUUCUGCUGACCUCCAAUCUGACGCGCAGCUUCGUCUACGAGACGUUCAUCUACGGCUACUAGGACUGCACCUCGAGAUCCGCGACCACAAUUUUCAGCUACAAUAAACGAUUCGCUUGGAACGCAACUGUGAUCAUGAACUACAGACCCUGCCCCUGCCCCUGAUCCUGCCCCUGAUCCUGACCUUCCUGCCGAGAGUAUUAUUAGUCCUAGACGUAUAUUAAAGAAUCAGAUUCCAAAGAGA